AUGCCUCCGAAAUCAGCUUCACCUCCCAAAAAGAGAUCCAUUCCCGACAAACAGUUGGUAUUUGCCAAAAUGGCUGGUUUUAGACCAUGGCCAGCAUUUAUCGUUCCUCCAGACUUGAUUCCUAAGAAUGUUCUUCGAGCUAAAAAGGCAAAGAAAGCAGAAUAUUGUGUUAUAUUUGUGCCUGAAGGGAAUUAUAAUUGGAUUGGUGAAGAUAAAAUUAAAAUCUUAUCACCCAAGUUAUUAGAUGAAGAAUUAAAGAAGAUUAAACCGGAGAUUCUAAAGGAGGAUAAUUUAAGUAAAUGGAGAUCUCAACCAAGUAUCGAAGAAUCUAUGGCAGCUGCUAAAGGUUUGACCUUUGAGAAGUUUGUGAGAUUCCUAGAAAAUGGUGGAGAAUUAGGAGAUGACGACGAAGAUGAAGAAGACGAAGAAGAGGAGGAAGAAGAAGAGGAAGAAGAGGAAGAAGAGAAAACUAUAACACCUAAACAGACAAAGCGAGGUAGAGGUGCAGUGAAAGAAGAAGAAAAUGACGCGGAUGCAGAAGAAGAAGACUACGAUGAAGAGGAUCAAGUCGAAGAAGAAGAGAUUGUUGAAGAAAAGGGAACAACAAAGAGGAAAUCAAGUAUAUCAACCAAAUCCAAGAAGAAUGGAAAAUCUGUUAGUGAAACACCUUCUACAACCACAGCAACAGGUCGUACUACUAAACGGUCAAGACGAUUGUUGAAACAGGAAGAUGAUGAAGAAGUAGAGGAGGAGGAAGAAAAAGAAUUACCAGUUAAGAAGCAGAAAUCCACCAAGUCUAAUGGUAAAGCUACGACACCUAUUAAUACCAAACCCCAUAAGAGUGAUAGCCCAAAACCAAUCACCGAAGAAGAGAAACAACAUCAAUUAUGGUUAUGUCGAAUUAAACUUCAAAGAACAUUAAUUCAAAGAAAUCAACCAUGUACUCCUAAAGAUACUAGUAAUUUACAACCUUUAACAGCAGAUGAAUUACUGAUUGCUAGACUUAUUCUAUAUAGACUUCUUGAUUUCCCAAUUAGUGUUGAUUUAUUAAGGAAAACCAAGAUUCAUAAAGUAUUAAAAUGUAUUAUAAAAGAUGAAGGAUUAAGUUUCCCUGAUAGUUUUAGAUUACAUGAAAGAUGUCAAGAAGUAUUAAACAAAUGGGAUUCUGCCAUUCAAACUUUAAAAUUAGAGAAACUGGCUCGAGAAAUAAAUAAGAGUCCAACAAAUGGAUCAAGUGGGGUAGGUGAUGAAAGUAAUAAUUCUACUAGUAAUAAAUUUAAAUUAAAGAUUAAAGAUGCUGGACAACAAGAUGAUUCUGAAAUUUCUGGAAUAGAUCAUUCUAUUACUGAUAAGAAAGAUUUUGGAGAUGAAGAAAGUAAUAGUAAUGAUGAAGAAACUAAAUUAAAGGGAUUACUUAAAUCAGAAGUUAAUGAAGAACAAGCAACUACAUCUAAUAAUAUAGAGAAUGAUUUACUGGCUACAGCUUCAAUUAAGGGUUAA